AUGAGGCUUACCAGCAAGUUUCACAUCGUUUGCGCCUUUGCGGUGUUUAGCAUCCUGCUUUCAGCCCUGUUUCUCGGCUCGCAGCGCUUCUACUACCGCAGGGUUGGCACCGCGGACCAGCCAACCGUGGAGUUCCAGGCGCCAGCCUCACCUGACCGCAGACUGGUCGUAUUCGGCGAUACAUGGAGUGAUAACAAUGCUAAAGAGAUUCAGGGUGGGAAAGUCUGGACCGACUGGCUCUGCUCUUUUUUCUCAUGUCAUCAUGAGAAUCUUGCGCAAACUGCCAAAUCUUUGAAGGGGACCUAUAUAGGAUCUGUCGUGGAUAAUGAGGAACUUGCAGGCACCUUCCUCAACUUGUACAAGUCGCCGUUGUCUGAUUUCAGAGCCCAGGUCAAACAGUGGGUGGACACUGAGACAAAAGGUAUCCAGCAACUGGACGAAGCAGUCAUUCAUGAUCGCCGCAAUCGCACCAUUGUGGUAGUUUCCUUCGGGGUUUGGGACUUGUGGAACAUGAUUGAGAAGGACUACGAGACAGCUACCAAGUCAAUUGACCACAUCGUUGAAGUUAUCAUGGAACAGUUCGAGGUGCUGUCUCAGCACUGGGGGGAUGACGACCUCAAGAUUGUCCUGACACUGGUCCCGGAUGUGACUUUCCUUCCAGCCUUCCGCCCGCACGGAGACCAAAACGUUUCUCAAUACAAAGAGACCGUCAAGCUUGUUUUCCACUGGAACAGCAAACUACGAAGCGCGGCGGAACAAUGGGGAAAGGGGACGAUUUACCUUUUCGAUACGGAAUCGUUUGUCUCCGAUCUUAUUCGAGACCGCCAGCUCUUCAUGGCGGGAGUGGAAGAAUCCAACGGGCUGGGGAAGAACCAAGAUCCCGGCUGGGAGAAUGUUGAGGACCCUUGCGUCGAAAGUAGUCAGCAGUGGGUGGUGACAUCAGAGAGCAAGCACUGCGAACACCCGGACAAGUAUCUUUUCUGGAACGAUAUGCAUCUUGGUCCCUCUGCACACCGACUCAUGGGCACAGAAGUGUUCCACGGAAUCGAGGAGAUGUGGCUCCGAUAG